AUGUCGUUUCAAAACUUGGCAGAGAGCGGCUUGAUGCUAAAACCAUCCAUUUCCGAACUUGAACUCCGUGAUGAAAAACCAGAAGUCCGCGCAGAAGUCAUAAAUAAUUUGAUCAAGGAGAACGAUCUGAACAAACGACAAUAUUAUUCUUCUUCGGCUUCUUCAUUGGAACUUGGAAGCUUUGGCGUCUUUGCAUCGAUGCUAGUAGUCGGUGGAAUGUCCAUGUUGGGAAAUUUGCUCAUUUAA